AUGUCGAUUUGCAAGAGCUACGGGAAAGAUAAGGUCAUUUUCGCCACCAAGGAAGACCACGCGGUGCCCAGCAAGAUCGAGCUGCCGGAGUCGGAACCGCGGCCUGGUCUGAUUUUGGAAAGUGGCGACAUCAAUUGGAACUGUCCCUGUCUAGGCGGAAUGGCGAUCGGUCCGUGCGGGGUCGAAUUCCGAGAAGCCUUUUCCUGCUUCCACUACAGUCAAGCAGAGCCGAAAGGUUCCGACUGCUACGAAGCAUUCAGCACGAUGAACGAGUGUAUGCGAAAUUACCCGGGCGUUUACAAACAAAACCUCAACGGGGAAGAGGAUGAGGACGCCAGCGGCGUGGCCGGAAUGACGGAAAAAUCGUCCGACGAUAACCAAUCGAACGAGGACAGUGGGGCGGUGGAAGCCGUUAAAAAUACCGUAGCUACGAAGGCGAACUAGUUUGUAUAACGUACAAAGAUUUAUCGAGUAAAAUAUGAUGCAAAAGUAGU